AGGUAAGGUACUUUCACUACAAACAGCCAAGACCAUCUCGCCGCAUUAUCUAAUCAGUCAAGCCAACCUCACCUUUAUCAUUCAUUACAGCUUCGCGACCAGCAUCAUCUUUCCACAUACACCACAUUUGACCAAGAAUCCAAUUUAAAAUGGACAUCGACGAAGACGAGGAUUUCUACGCUCCCGAUGAGCCCCAGGCCGCUCCGGCGACGACCACAGCCGCGACCACCCAGUCCAGCACAACCCCCGCCACCACAACCACAGCAGCUCCCACUACCACAUCAACCACAGCUUCAGCGCCCACAACGUCAUCAAAACCCGAAGACGAGCUCGAGGAAGGCGAAGAGGAAGAUGAAGGCGGCGGCGCCAUGGACGAAGACGACGACUCAGACAUCGACAUCAUCACCGAGCGCAAAGACGGUUCUGCCCCUCCUCCUCCGGUCCAAUCGCGCUACAGCGAGAUCCGCAACAUUCCGCAGCGGGCGGCGGCGAAUGAUAAUGGAGUCAAGACUGCGCCUGUCAAGAAGCAGGAUGGCAACAACAACAGCAACAAGUUCGGUGGUGGUGGAAACGAAGACAAGAGGAAGGGUAGUGGUGCUGCGGGUGGCAGUGGAGCAGAGCUCCCUCCCGUGAGGACGUCCAAGAUCGAGGUGGAUGGUAUUCCGGUUUACAAACCUGUUGGGAAGCCGAUUACGGGUGUUGUUAUUGAUGAGGACCUCCCCGAAAACGACAAACCCUGGCGCAAACCCGGCACCGAUCUCUCCGAUUACUUCAACUACGGCUUCGACGAAUUCACCUGGGCCUUGUACGCGCAAAAGCAAGAAGCUUUGCGGGGGGAGUACAACGCCGAAGCCAUCGCCGCCAACAACAAGAAGAUGAUGGAGGAGAUGACCAACAUGAUGAUGAUGGGCGGCAUGAUGCCUCCCGGCAUGGGUGGUCCUGGCGGCCCCGGUGUUGGACCGGCCGGACCUGGCGGCAUGGGUCCAGGUGGUCCUGCUGGUGCUAGUGGCAUGGGCGGACCGGGUGGUGGUAUGGAAGGCAUGCCGCCCGAUAUGCAAGCGAUGAUGCAGCAGAUGAUGGGCGCGGCGGCGGCGCAGGGCAUGGAUCCGAGCCAGAUGGGCCAGAUGGGUAUGGCGGGCGGUCCGGGUGAUAUGGGUGGUAUGGGAGGUAUGUUUGGUGGACCGGGUGGUGGUCCGGGAGGUCCGGGGGCUGGUGGUAUGGGUCCUGGCGGUCCUGGUGGUCAGGGUGGUCAGGGACAGCAGUUUGGUGGUGGAUUUGGUGGUAAUCAGGGACAGGGUGGUUAUGGUGGUUAUGACCAGAUGGGUGGUGCGGGCGGUGGUGGUGGAAGGGGUGGU